AUGCCAGACGGCGAACGGGUCGUGUUCCGGCGUUUCUGCACCCUGUGGGAGGGAACGCCGGAGGCGAGUAGCGGGCACUGGCAUUGCCCGGAGUUCAGCGGCGCAGACGGCCUGCCGGCACCGGAACUCGUGCACCAUAUGGGGGUGGAGCACCUGGAGCGAGCCGUCCGCUGGGCUCAAUACGUCCGCUGGGCCCAGCCCCACGCGCAGGUGGUCGAAAUUGCGGCCCUGGGGGAACUCAGGAGGAGGGCGGAAGCAAUGCAAUCCCUGCUGGACCCCAGGGACAAGUCACCCCAGAACUGCCACUAUCUGCUCAAGUUCAGUAUCGAUCGAGAGCGGUAUUUUUAUCGAGACACCAUCUCUAGGGGGUUGCCAUUCAAGGCUAAAGAGUCCCUCCUACCCAUGAGACAGACUUGCCCCCGUCGGACGCCAACCCGAUACUUCAAGGUCUCGGGGAGAGCUAACAGGUGCUACACCUUGCUCAAGGGUGACCUGGAGGUAGUUGUGGCAAAGGGUGGCCUCGCGAUAGCCGUUCCCUCAGAGAUCAUCGGCUAUGCGACGGCACACGACAAGUUCGGUAAACUUCCCUGGAAGGACCUGUUUGUGAGAGUGAUAUCGCUCUGUCGCUCCGGUUUUCCCGUCAGAGCGGCCCUAGCUGACGCAAUUGGAGAAAUCCCGGAGGAAGGGGUCAUCAGAGAAAUGUUCACAAACCCAAAGACGGGAAAAUUAUACCAGGAAGGAGAAGUAAUGACACGAGAUAAACUAGCCAAUACAUUCGAGGUGAUUGCUAAUGACUCGGAUAAGUAUAAAGAAUUGGCAGAAACGAUGGUGGAGGAGAUCAAGGAGCAAGGCGGUAUCAUCGAGCUAGAGGACCUGACCGACUACACGGUGGAAACUCCAGAGCCUUUACAAGUGGAGAUAGAUGGUAUGACGAUGUUUUCCCCACCGCCCCCCGCCAGCGGUGCCGUGCUCUCUCUCAUACUCAACAUCCUCGAGGGUUACAGACUGACACCGAACAGCUUCCAGGAUUUUAGACUGGACACUCUGCACCUCAUUGCCGAGGCGUUCAAGCACGGCUACUCCAAACGCUCGGCGCUCGGCGACCCGAACUUCAUCGACAACAUCGAGCUGAUUGCGAACAUGACGGCAGACGACUACGCCGAGGCGAUCCGCAGCAAGAUCUGGUACAACACGACGCACGACGUAGACUGGUACGAGCCUACUAGCUUCAAUUACACGUCCAACGAUGCCGGCACGUCGCACGUGUCAGUCUACGCGAACGGCGACGCCGUCUCCGUGACCAGCACCAUCAAUACGCAUUUUGGAUCGAAGGUUGCCGGCAGGCUUUCCGGCAUCAUCUACAAUAACGAGAUAAUGGACUUCUUCAACAAUAAAACCGGCAAAGCUUCGUCUCCGGCCAACUUCAUCCUCCCGGGCAAGCGGCCGAUGUCGUCCAUGUGUCCGAUGAUCCUCGUAGAUCGCUCCGGACAGGUUCGACUGGUCAUCGGCGCGUCCGGCGGGGCCAAGAUCACCUCGUCAACGGCUUGGCUGAAAUGCCAGGCGCCGAACGGAAUCAUCGUCGGUUAUCGGUCGGAUCCGGACCCGAAUCAACACGCUCGCAUCGCAUAA